CAAAGGGCAAGGUCACGACAGGCCGGCGCGCGAUUGGUGGCAAUGUGAAGCGACGAAUUCCUUCGCCCACGUUCGUGGCCGUUCACUGUAAUGUCUACGACGUCUUGAUUCGGCGCGUUCGAGGUGCGGGAACUUCGGCUCACUUCCGAGUUUGCUCGGACCCUUUCUCUUCCUCCUCCCGUCUUUGUGUUCGUCGACCGACAACAAAGGCUGCUCCGCGCUCUCAUUUCCAGUAACCAAGCAUGCUCCACAUGAACAGCACGAUCGAUCCGGUCGUCAAGGACACGGCCAGCCUCAAGCGGCGCUGGUUCGACGACGACAACGACGCGUGCGACGAGUCGCCGGCCAUCGCGCUGCGCCAUGACCUCGACGCGAUCACGGUCGACGUGUGUGCGAUGCAAGCCCAAGUCGACCAGGCCGUGCUCGAUGUCCAGCGCCUCAUGGCCAUGAUCACCGAGCUCGAUGGCCUCCGGAAGCGGCGGCGCAUGUGCUAAGCAAAAGCAGACAAAGAAGAAGACGCGAAAUGACAACGACGCUCCACGAUGCUCGACACCGAUUCGUCGGCAAGACGACGUGGAGGAGGAAGGGAAUGGAGAUCAAGUGGCCACACGCGGCCAGGCGACCAAGACGACAAGAUGUAGACAAGUAGACAAAAAUUAAGAUGCGAGUCGAUGAUAGAUCGGGUUAAGCGCACCAUAAUAUUUAUGAAGCACCGCUGCUGCAUAGACUCGCUGGUUGCGAUCGGGUGACGGCCGCGAUAGAGUACCUUG